GAUCAGUAGUAUCAAACCGUCUCUGGUAGUAUUAGGGGGCUUAGCAUGGGUAGCUAACUGGUAUCUGGUUCAUACAAAUCAAAGAACAGAGCUUUUGCAGCUCGCCUUUAAACUCGGAUGUUUUGAAGUAUCAAGAGGCACCCGGCAGCCAAAUUUUAGACCGAGCAGUUACGUGUAUUGCAAAUAUUGCGCUGUUUAGCAACGUCUUUGUGUGGCUAUGUAACACUAACGUUAGUUUGUUAGCCAAACGUCAUUUCAGCCAGUUAACUACUCUGCUAGCUUAGCUUUGCAUUCUUUAUUUAGCUUGUUUGACAGCUACAGUAGCUAAAAUUUGCAAAGUGGUUAUCUAAAGCGAAUUACGUCCCAUUUUAGUGAGCGUAUGUGUGAGUUCAUUUGUGCUACUUAUCAUCUGUGUGACUCAACUGUACCUGAAUGUUUGCUGAUAGAAACAGCAGCAGCUACAGCUAGCAGAGUGUUAGCUUGUCGACAACAACAACAAUGGACUUAAAGGGACGUUUAAAGACGACAAGAACAUUUUAUUUUUUGUCCAUUCUCCUCAUAGUCUUCGUCACAAGAAUAUUAGCUGAUGAAGAGCAACACGGGAAUGAUGGACCAGAGCUAAAGUCUUACCAUGAUCCAGACUCUGAAGAGGAGGAUGUCCGUCUGGGGUCAGCAAUUGUGGCAGGCGCUUCUGUGACCUCUGGUCAUGAGGUCUCCCAGCCAGAAGAAGGGAAGCAGCCAUCUGGGGAGGGAUUGGAGGGAGAAGAGAAGGAGGACCUGCCGGAACAGCCUCCUCCGGUAGAGGAGAAACCUAAAGAGGUUCCUGUGGUGAACGGAGGUACAGCCCACGGAGAGUCCUGCAUCUUCCCCUUCCUCUUCCAGGGGAGGGAGUAUUCAGACUGCACCACUGAUGGGCGGGGGGAUGGACGACUGUGGUGUUCCACAACCUACGACUAUGACCAGGAGAAAAUGUGGGGUUUCUGCGAGACGGAGGAGCAGGCACAGCAGAGACUGCAGGCAGAGGAGGCUGAGGAGCAGUAUCAGACCGUCUUGCGCAUGCUCAAUGCCACAACCAGGAAAACCCAGAAAAAAGAAUUAUAUGAGAAGCUAAUGAAAGUAGCAGAGAAAGGCCAUCAAAAAGCCAUGGAGAAGGUGGCGUAUGCCAUGCUGUUUGGAGAUUACAUGAACCAGAACGUCACCAGAGCCAAAGAAAUGUUUGAGAAGCUCGCCGUGGAGGGCUCACCCAAAGCUCAGAUGGCUCUUGGCUUUCUUUAUGCUGCAGGGCUUGGAGUUAAUUCCAGUCAAGCUAAGGCCUUGGUUUACUAUACCUUCGGUGCACUGGGUGGAAACUUGGUUGCACAUAUGAUUCUGGGAUACAGAUACUGGGGAGGUGUGGGUGUCCCCCAAAGCUGUGAGUCAGCACUAACACACUAUAGGCUUGUGGCAAAUCAGGUGGCCAGUGACGUCUCCCUGACAGGAGGCUCAGCGGUGCAGAGGAUCAGGCUGCUGGAUGAAGUGGAGAAUCCAGGAUCCACCAGCGGCAUGUUGGAGGAGGACUUGAUCCAGUACUACCAGUUCCUAGCUGAGAAAGGAGAUGUACAAGCUCAGGUGGGACUAGGUCAGCUUCACCUGCAUGGAGGACGUGGAGUAGAACAGAAUCACCAGAGGGCGUAUGACUACUUCACCCAGGCUGCAAAUGCAGGCAACACACAUGCAAUGGCUUUUCUCGGCAAGAUGUACUCGGAAGGCAGCGAGUUUCUCCCUCAGAACAACGAGACAGCCCUGCAGUACUUCAAGAAGGCUUCUGACUUGGGUAACCCAGUGGGACAGAGUGGCCUCGGCAUGGCCUACCUAUAUGGAAGAGGCGUUACAGUGAAUUAUGAGCUGGCACUGAAAUACUUCCAGAAGGCAGCAGAACAGGGCUGGGUGGACGGACAGCUCCAGCUGGGCACCAUGUAUUACAAUGGCAUUGGGGUGAAGCGUGAUUACAAGCAGGCGCUUAAAUUCUUCAACCUGGCCUCACAGGCGGGCCACAUCCUUGCCUUCUACAACUUGGCCCAGAUGCAUGCCACUGGUACUGGGGUGAUGCGCUCCUGCCACACUGCUGUGGAGCUCUUCAAGAACGUGUGUGAGCGCGGCCGGUGGUCAGAGCGUCUGAUGACAGCUUACGGCAGCUUUAAGGAGGGAGAGACUGAUGCAGCGCUGGUGCAGUACCUGCUGCUGGCUGAGCAGGGCUACGAGGUGGCUCAGAGCAACGUGGCCUUCAUUCUGGACCAGACAGAAGGGGCAAAGAUCUUCAGUGAGAAUGAGACGUACCCUCGUGCUUUGCUCCACUGGACAAGAGCUGCAGCUCAGGGUUACACAGUGGCAAGGAUAAAACUCGGGGACUACCACUUCUACGGCUACGGGACUGAUGUGGACUAUGAGACAGCUGUCAUCCACUACAGACUGGCAUCAGAGCAGCAGCACAGUGCGCAGGCCAUGUUCAACCUGGGUUACAUGCAUGAGAAAGGCCUGGGCAUCAAACAGGACAUCCAUCUAGCCAAGCGUUUCUAUGACAUGGCUGCUGAAGCCAGUCCUGAUGCCCAGGUCCCAGUGUUCCUGGCUCUGUGCAAGCUGGGCCUGGUUUACACUCUGCAGUACCUGCAGGAUCUUAAUCUGAAGGAGGUGAUUUCUCAGGUGGACCUGGACCAGCUUCUGGGCCCAGAGUGGGACCUCUACCUCAUGACAGUCAUCGCCCUGCUGUUGGGCACAGUCAUUGCCUACCGACAGCGCCAACACCAAAUCAUAGUGCCCCCUCGCCCGCCUGCCCCAGCCCCCGCGCCCCCUCCCAGACCACCUCAGGAACAACCACAAGCCCAGGCCGAGCCCCAGGCUCAAGGAGAAACACAAGGCCAGGGCCCGGCCCAGGAGGAAGAGGAGCAGCAGUGAGAGGAAGCCCGAUGAAGUGAGGGCCAAAAAAGACAGACAGAGGCUCUGCCAGCCUGCCCCAUGGAGCAGCUAGUGCUAACGAGCUGAAUACCUACUAGUUCAAGCACCACGCCCAAUCUGCCUGCUCCCUUCCUCAUGCUAAAAAAAAGAUUAAGAUGGUUACUGAACUGUUCAGUCUCACAAAUCCCUUUCUCCAUUACAAUGUGCUGGUCCUGUGGUGAAGCAAGACUGUGGGGCUGUUUAUGGACAAUGCUACAGAAGAGUGUUGAGAGGAUAACACAGACUGGGGGCUUGUUAGUCUGUGACUCAGGAUACUGCCAGAUGCACCAGUGUCCUCACUAUGGAAAUAGCCUUGUGGUUGCCAGAUCAGAGGCAUCUUGGACUUGACUAAUCAGCGAGUCAAUAUAAUGGAAUCUGAUAUGUGCAUUAGUUUCUUCUCACUGUCCCUUUUUUUGAGAAAAUACUCAGUUCAACUGCUUCAAUCCUAAUUUUGCGCAGUAUUUAGAAAAAAAAAAAAAUCAAGCAAGAAAAUGUGAAUUAAUUUUAUUUGUAAGCCCCGCUGGUAAAGGAAGUCAUGUUUUUGCAUGUCUUUGCAGACUUUCAUUUUAGGCACUUUUUUCUGGGAUAAUUAUGAGUGAACAAAUGUUUCAUUCAUUUUUGCAUUCUUUAGUUAUUUGUUCAGUAGACUUAUUGUUAGGACAAUAGAGGAGAUUCUCAGAGAAAGACAGUUUUUGAUCAUUCAACAUUAGUAACUGUGCUAAAAUGUACUAAAGCUAUGUUAUGUCAUCAGUAUGAGAAGAAAAAGCCUGUUAUAAACUGUUAAAUUUAUAGGAAAGCUGAACCCAAUGCUUCAUGCUUUUUUGAUAAAUUAUUUAAUUUUAAGCACACCGGUUGAUGUUUAUGUUUUUUUAACAUGGUAGAAACACCUAGAAUGAACGAGAAGCUGCUAAAGUCGGUCAAAACUGAGCUGUCACCAAAAUCCUUGAUGCAGAUCCUGUUUUUGCAAAUUCAUACAGAAAUGUCUUUCACACUCCGGGCAUAGUGAAAGCAGAGUUCACAGGCCUUUAGACAUUCAUUUUAAAUUGCAAAUGUCAGAAAAGCUGAUGUGUACAGUUCAGUGAAAGGAGGCGGUGAACAGUUUUUGAAGGUGUACUCUACAAUGGUGUGAUAUUUGUCCGUCAACAGGCUUUGAUUUCAUUCUAGCUGUUGAUAUUUUUGGAAGGUGGCUCAAUAGUUCCUCUAAUCCCACAUCCUCUUUUUUUUUAGUUUAUUAAGCCUCUUGUUAGAUGAAUUUGGAACAGCCUUAAAGAUAGCAGCGCCUCAAACUCUGGAUUGUUUCUACAUUAGUGAAGUGGACAAAGUUAUUUUGUGUGUUUGGUUACACAACUUCAGCUGUUGUGAGAAUUUCCACCCCCUCACCAAAAGUCCAAGUCGGAGCCCUUGUGCUCUGCCUACACUGUUCAGCUCAGAUGGACCUAAAUCUGUGCCUGAAAUGGGAAACAAAUGACGCCACGUUUAGGCCGAACAGUAUUUAACAAAACAAGAUUAAAAACGUAACUUUGCCACAUGCGAUUUAUCCUCAUAAGUCCUUUUUUUUCAGUUCCUCAAACAUGUGCUUGUUGAUAAAAAAUAUUAAGUUUAUUGGGCAAUACAUCUGCAUGAAGUGUACAAAGGUCAAAAAGGAAAAAAUGUUAUGUGCAGGAUGAUAAGAAAUUAUUCCAAACAGUCUAAAUGACAUUGAUGCAUUCACACAUUGAAAUCCACACAGUUCACCAUUUCUCUAAAAUGAAACACUGGUCAAGAUUGUCUAGAAGACUGCAUUUUUACCAUCACAAUUACGUUUAUUACAUAAAGUUUAUAAAGAAAUUAAUAAAUGAUAUAUGGAUAUUUAA